AUGGCCGUUGGCUACCCCAGUCCUCCCCAAGAGCGUGAACGUGGCCCUCCUCCCUCCAACUCUGCAACCUUCCAACGCGGCGUGCCCCAGUACCACCACAUGCCGCCGCCCAUGCCUUCCUACAUGAGAGGGGCUGCCCAGACGCCAGCCUACUACCCUCCUCAGUACAACCAUAACCAGACGUCUCCUCCGUACGAGCCUCAGCAGCGCCCUGGUCUGCCACAGCGUCGGUCGUCUGUCUAUGGCACGCACGGCACCCGCAACGGCGGUCCAGCACCCCUGGUCACACAGGCACCGCGGGAGCCCACGAGGCCGUCUGCGAGGUACGGUGGCCAGCCGCAGAGUGCAACACAACCUACCUUUCCAGCACCACUGCAGAUUGGAAAUGAGCCCUACGACUCGUACAGCAGCUCGGAAGACGACUCUGAGUCUGAAGAGGAACAAUACCAAGCCCCAGCGGCUCGUGCACCACGUCCACCUCGUGCACCUCGUGCACCCCAACCACCCCCGGCAGCACCAGCUCCACCGGCUCUCAUGGCUCCGCCCAAGAUAAAGCGCUCCAAGAGCAAGGCACGGCGUCCAGCAGCCAUGGUUCAUGCGCACACCACUCAGGGCCCCGACGUCGACCGCAAGAGCCGUCGACAGUCCAUCAUCCAGGAUCACCGCUCUGGCAGGGACAUCGACACACAUGAUGCCGAGGGUCUCCCCGUCCGAACUCGCAGCCGGCCUGCACCUGCACGUACGCAGUCGGACUACAUCACACCAAGAGGACAAGUGACUGUCAACAAGGCUGAUCGUCGUCGAUCAGGACAAGUGUACGACUCGCUGGACUACGAACAAUACCGUAGGGACAGGGCUCGCCAGGAUGCCCACAAGGCCCUCGAGGCCAAGGAAGCUAGAGCUGCAGAAAGAGCUGCAGAAAGAGCUGCCGAAGCCAGGGCCAUCGAAGAAGCCAAGGCUCGUCAUCUCGCCAAAGCUCAAGCUCAGGCUGCCCAUGAACAGCGAUAUCAGGCCGAACGGUUGGCUGAACGCAAGCAACAAAGCCGCAAGUCUCGUAGCUAUCAUCCUCCUGGUGCUUUUGAUAGCGAGAGCGAGGAAGAGGACGACGACGAUGAGUCCGAGGAAGAACACAACCCAGCGCCCAUUGUUCUCCGUCGGCCUCGACGACCCACCGAUGUCGAACAGUCCAAAGGCAAAACUGCCUUGAUUACGAAAUCGAAGCGCAAGACUGACGCAGCCGAAGACUACAUUAGUGCUCAGCGAGGCAGCCGCGACUCAUAUGCAGACCAGGCAUACCAAGUUGCAAGACGCAAGUCGCGUGAAAACCUAUACUCUGACGAUUCAGGCUCUUCUCAUAGCAAGGGCAGCGAUAAGCAGAGCCAAUCCAACCGUACUGCCGUCACCAGCAACGGUUCCAAUGAGAUCAGGCUUCGAAUCGAUGCCACAGCUCCGCUCAGUCUGGCCUUCAACGGUGAUAUGGAAGGUCGUAAUCUACAGAUCGUGCCUACUGGCGAUGGCAUGGCUGAUAUCAUCAUUGGCGGCCGCAACGGCGAAACCACUUACCACGACAGUGAACGUGGCAGUAUCAUGGGCAACACACCCAAGGCGAUCAUGCCAGCCCAGGCCCGGAGAGAUGCAGAGGAAAUCAUGACCGAGAGAAGCGGACGCAGCGGACGCAGCCGGCGAGACAGUCGGGUCAUACGGGACGCAGCUGUCGACCCAUUCGUCACCAAGUGGAUGCCACCCCUUCCCUUCCCCAAAGGCAAGACCAAGCCUGCAACACGCAUUCUCAGCCUCGGCUUCGACAUUAUUGCAUCUGAUUUCGCCUUAUUCACUUCGGUCGAACAGUUUUUCUUCCUCUUUGCUGCGUUUGUGGAAAAAUUGUGGGACAUCUGUUUGUUUGCUAGAUUGGAACGCUCACGCACACCACCGUUGCACGCGCGGGCCAUUGCUUCCUGA